AUUUUAUGAAUAUUUAAUUGGCACAGAAAGUUGUUAAUCAUUGGCGAAGCUUUGUGGAUAAGCGAAAGGAAGUUAGAAGCAUUCUCAUCGCAUAAUACAAAUAAAGUUAUAUAAGAGUUCUUAAUUCAUAUAAGGAAUUAAAAAAACGAAGGUUUUAAUAAUACAUUAUCAACAACGCAUCUAAUUUAAUUUACAAAGCUUUGAAAAUAAAUUUAUGGAAAGUCAAGCAUCUUAGAUAAUUUUUGAAUUAAAAUAAAGUUAAGCGAUUUUAUAUUUAAAAAUCGUAAGAGUAAAUAUUUUAAAAAACCUUUAAUUUACAAGCAAAAGAAGUAAAUAUCAAAACCAUUAGAUUACACAUUUAAAAUAGUUGUUCACAUAAAAAUCUUAUACCUUUACUUUUUCAUAAUAUUAAAUCUGCGGUUAUCCUUUUUAAUUUUCACUAAUUAAAAAAAACUUUUGGAGAAACUAAUAUUGAUAAAGACGUAAUAAAGUAUGAAUUUCUUUAUAAUUUUAUUAAAUAUGUUAAAGUUAAAUUAUCAAAAAAAUAAUUUGAAUUAACUAAUUAGGAACUUAUGAGACAUAAGAAUUUACUCUAAAAAUUAGAUAAAUUUUAAUUAGAAGAAUAUAAUCUAUUAAAAUAUAUAGAAUUAGAUAAUUUAAAUAUUUUGAAGAAGAUCUAUUAAUAUAAUAGUUAAAAUAGAAAUGGAUAACUUCAUAUCUUUUUUGAUUUUUAAUUGAGAGAGAUUGCUGCUGUAUGUCGAAUCUAAAAGUAUUUUAGAGCAAAGAAAAACAUUUCUUAGAAAGGUAUGAAAUAUCAAGUUAUCAUGAAAUUGAUUAAUCAAUCUAGGGCUGUUUAUGUCAUUUAAAGAUGGUUUAGAAGGAUCAGAUGGAAUCAUAGAAACAAUUUCUUUAAAGAAAUUUCAUUUUAUGUAUCAUAAAUUCCAACGCCAAAUCUUUAUCUUGAUAUGGAAACUUAUUCAAAAAUUUAAGCUAUUGUUAAUAAUUAAUAAAAUUCUUUAAAGUUUUUAGAAUAAUACAAUAUGGUAUAGCUAUAAUAAUUUUAAGAUUGUGGCAGAUAAUGAAACUGUAAGACUUUAAUUUAAAUCUAAUAAUUUUGAGGAUUAAGUUUAAUCAACUUAUGUACAAUCUUUAAAUCUAUUCAAUCACUUAAAUGUUCCAAUUUUUCCUAAUUGGCUUAUCAAAGAAAUCUAAAUGGUAUACAUAAAUGAAGAAAAACUUAUCGAUUAUAGUAUUAUUAAAUAAGAAUAAAUAUCAACAAAAUGGAAUUGUAGAAACAGAGAAUACUUAAGUAAGAGCAAAGAAUCUUUAAAAAAACUCAAAUAUGAAAAACCAGUUGAUCUUUAUGGAUUACUACAUUUUGGAGCUUCAAUAUCUUUUGAUUAUAUCAACAAUAGAGAUUAUAUUAAAUUCACAUAUAUUUCAACUAGUGAAGCCAAAUACAGGAUUAUUGCAUUGGCUUUGAUUACUUAUAGAUUUAAAUUUAAUGGAACAAGUAUUCUUAUGCUUGGUGAUAAUAUUUGGGAAAGUACUCAUUAAUAACAAACUAUAUUUUUAAAUAAAUACUAUUAGAAAAUCUAGAAUGUUUAUAAAAUAAAAAUACCUAUAUUAGAGACUUCAUAAUUAUAUAAAGGAAAAUAAAAUUAAGUAAUUUUAUGCUUAAAUAAUUAAUAAGCAUAGAAAUUUAAAUUUGAUAAGUAAACUAUUCAACUAUAAUUUUUUAAUCAAAAAUUUCGUAUAAUAGAAAAUUUUAUUUGGAUGUGUCCAGAAUUAAUAUCUUAAUAAAAGUAUUUAAGAAAUUAAGUUUCAAUACAAUUAAAUUAGAAUAGCUUAUAAGAAAGUUCUCAUAUAUAAUAGGUUAAUUCAUCAUUUGGUGAUAUUUAACAAGAUUAUAAGUCAUUUAUAUAAAAUUUUAUACAAUAAAAAUCUAUUGAUAUAUCUCCUUAAUCUGGUAUAAUUGAUGGUAGUAGUAAAUCAACUUAAUUACCUGUAAAAUUUUCAAUUAUGUGUCUAGAAAAUUAAGAUAUCAAAUUUCAAUAACCUAAAUUUAAAAGAAGAACAGAAUAAUCUAAUUAAGAAUUUGUAAUGACUAGCAGAUUUAGAACUCAAAAUAAUAGUUUAAAUAAUUCUAAAAUUAAAGAAUAAAAUGAUUCUUAAAAUUAUAGUGUCAUUUAAUCAAAAAAAUAGUAAUUUCAACUUGAAGAUAUAAAUGAGCAUAUUGAAUAUUCUUAACUUAAAUAAUAAUAAUAAGAUAUAACUUUAAUUGAAAAUAAAGAGAAAAUCACAAAAAUAAAAUAGAAGAAUAUAAAUGAAAUGAAUUUUAUAAGAGAAUUUCAAAAUUUCACAAGUUUACUACAAAGAUAAGAAUAAAAGAUAAUGAGAAGAGAGAUAAAAAUUUCUAGGAAUAAAACAUUAGAAAAAUCAUAAAAAAAAGGAAGCGUAUAAUAGACAAUAAAAAGUUAAUCUAUUACUAGGAGGGAAGAUUAUUAAGAUGUAUCAAUAGUCUUCCCUAAAAUAGAACCAAAAUGUACCAAAAAGUAAACAAUAAAUUCAAGAUUAUCCAAUUAUCAUAGAUAUGCUGUUUUUCCAGAAGAAUUAUAUGCUAUUUCUAGUAGAAAAGAAACAUUAAAAUCUUGA